AUGGCAGGAGCAAAGAUCGCAGCGCACACACUCAGGUCGCAGAACAAGGCAGAGCUGAUGAAGCAGCUCGAGGACCUCAAGCAAGAACUUGCUUCCCUCCGUGUCCAGAAGAUCGCAGGCGGUGCAUCCAGCAAGGUCACCAAGAUCCACGACGUGCGCAAGAACAUUGCUCGUGUCUUGACCGUCAUCACAGCCAACCAGAGGCAAGCAGUCCGCGAGCAGUUCAAGGGCAAGAGGACACCCCUUGACUUGCGUGUCAAGCAGACCCGCGCCAUCCGUCGUCAGCUCACCAAGUUCGAGGCGACCAAGAUCACCGAGAAGCAGAGGAAGAAGCUCGUCCACUUCCCUCAGCGCAAGUUUGCGCUCAAGGCCUCCGCUUAA